AUGCCGAACCAGAUCAAGGACCUUCACGCAAUUGACUCCUUCUCCUUUCCCUAUAUCUUUGAGCAAAAUGCUAGCAUUGAUCUACAAGCAGGUGACGGACUAGUCCGUUGCAAUGUUUACCGACCGAAGAGCUCGGGGGAACACUCAAAGGUCCCCGCCAUUGUCACGUAUGGACCGUACGGAAAGGACAUCCCCUACGAGGAUUUCCAUCCAAAGUCGUUCGCCGAGGUCAACCCAGAGCAUAAGUCGGCCCACUCAGCCUGGGAAGUCCCAGAUCCAGGUUUCUGGACCAGCCACGGCUAUGCAGUUGUACGUGCAGACGAGCGAGGAUGCGGGCAGUCUCCGGGGCUCCUAGAUACCAUGUCGCGCGGCACCAGCGACGCGUUUGUCGACGUGGUCGAAUGGGCAGCAGUACAGCCGUGGUCUUCAGGCAAAGUGGGCUUGCUUGGGAUCAGUUACUAUGGUGGAAGCCAGUGGCGUGUUGCAGCGCGUCAGCCAAAAGGCCUGGCUGCAAUCAUCCCGUGGGAGGGCAUGUCUGACUACUAUCGCGAUCGAUGUCGGCAGGGUGGAAUCUUGUCGAAUGGAUUCAUCAAGUUCUGGUGGGAUCGGCAAGUGCUUUCGAAUCAGUACGGCCGAGGAGGCAGAGCGGCUCGCAAAUGGGGCCCAGAUACCAUCGAAGGAGACCUUCCCGAAGCCGAACUCGUGAGCAACCGGCAGGACCAGACCAAAGAUAAUGCAAUGUUCAAGUAUCGGGAUGAUCCGUAUUACGCGUCGAAAGAGUAUUCUAUGAGCGACAUCCAAGUCCCUUUGCUGAGCGUCGCGAACUGGGGAGGCAUUUGCCUGCAUCUUCGCGGCAACGUCCAAGGUUAUAUGUGGGCAGGGUCCGACUUGAAGUACUUGCGUUUCAUCACGGGGCGCCACGACUUACCAUUCUACUACGAAGCCGAAGUUGAGGUGCAGCGUAGCUUCCUCGACGCGUUUCUUAAAGGAGACGAUCGGGAAGGGUGGACCGUGAAGGGCAAAGUUCCUUCCGUCAGUUUGAUACUCCGCCAGGGGGAUGUUGGAUACGACAAUGCCAAGGGAGAGCAAACGUACUCCCGAAGGAGCGAGAGCGAGUGGCCAAUCGCACGCACUCGCUAUACCAAGUUCUACCUCACAACGGACAAAACACUGUCGCCACAGGAGCCGAACAGGGCGCCAAGGAAGCUUUCAUACCAAGCUCUCGGAACGCUAGAAAAUGUCCAAGCCGUCCAAUUUGAGACUGCGCCAUUUGAUGCCGAUACCGAAAUUACGGGCCACAUAGUGGCGCAUCUGAACGUCUCAGUGAGUCCUUACCCAAACAACAAAACGGUUCCGACGGACAUCGACUUGUUCGUCACACUCCGGUACAUCUCUCCCGAGGGCAAGGAAGUGCACUACACUGGUACGGCAGGUGAUCCUGUGCCCUUGACAAAGGGCUGGCUCCGAGUCAGCCUGCGCAACACAGAUCCCAACCACCCAAAACAUCGGCCGUGGCUGCCCUAUCGCAACUACACGCGCAAAGACACCCAGCCAGUCAUCCCUGGAGAGAUCUAUGCUGUUGACGUUGAGAUAUGGCCGACGAACGUGGUAGCUGAGAAGGGAGGGAAGAUCAUCUUUGAAGUCGCUUCUGGCGAUACACAUGGUUGUGGCGUGUUCCAGCACAACGACCCUGCUGAUAGGAGCCAAGAGAAGUUCGACGGGAUGAACCACAUUCAUUUUGGUUCGACAUCGUCGAACUACGUCGUCCUUCCUAUCAUUCCGCCGGCCUGA